AUGGAGGAGGGGAUGGAGGAGGGGCUGGAGGAGGUGAUGGAGGAGGUGAUGGAGGAGGUGAUGGAGGAUGUGAUGGAGGAGGUGAUGGAGGAGGUGAUGGAGGAAGUGCUGGAGGAAGUGAUGGAGGAGGUGAAGGAGGAGGUGAUGGAGGAAGUGCUGGAGGAGGUGGUGGAGGAGGUGAUGGAGGAGGAGGUGAUGGAGGAAGUGCUGGAGGAAGUGAUGGAGGAGGUGAAGGAGGAGGUGAUGGAGGAAGUGCUGGAGGAGGUGGUGGAGGAGGUGAUGGAGGAGGUGAUGGAGGAGGUGAUGGAGGAGGUGGUGGAGUAG